UGGCGCUAUAGAUCCACAUGUCCAAUUUCCACUUUCACACUUUUUUUUAUUUCAGGUUAUGAUCAGUAAUCUACAUUACAUCAAUUUAUUUAUUUAUACAUGUACAUUAUCUUAUUAACUUCGCCUUUUGUUUGUACAAAGUACAUAGUUUUGAUAGAAAAAGAACAAAAGAAAAUAUUAACUGUUACGAUAAAUAUGGAAAAUUCUGCUCUUAAUAAGGCUCAUCAACAACACCGUCUUGCUGAUAAGCAUUUACGUUAUCACCGCUAUUCAGAAGCAAUAUGUUGCCAUUUAAAUGCUGUUGAACUCUUGAGUGAUGCAUUGAUGUGUACAGAAAAUCCACGCUCACUAGAGUCAAUAAAAUUACAAAUUGAUUUUCAUAAAAGACAAAAAAAUAUAAUUAAUCUUAAAAAAGAACAGCAUGAACAAUACAAAAUGGCAUUUGAAAAUAAAUUUUGCACUUUUAGUGAAUCAGGUUGUGAUGAUAAUGAAGGAAAUUUGAUAAUGGAUGCAAUAUAUCAAACAAUGGAAGAAACUGACUCCUUAAUUGAGUUAAUUCAACACCAGACACAUCAAUCUGAACUGCAAAGUUUACAGGUUGACACUGCUCAUACAGAGAAGAUUAAGGAAAAUAAUCAAAUGCAAACCAGCGCCUCAGUUGUGAGACAUCCUAAAGAUGACAAAACUGUAAUCGAAGAAUUUAAAAUUCUUAAUAAGCAAUUAUAUUUGCUUAUUUCUAAGUUAGUAAAUCAGUUGGAAAGCAGUAAGAAGGAGAACCAAGCAUUGAAACAGCGUUUAAAUCAGUUUGAAUACGAAAAAGCUCAAAAUAACCAAAACCAAUUCAAUCACUUAAAAAUUGUGGCUGACUCAUCAGGUGGCACUUCUCCAUAUGUGUUUUCUCCAUGCAGUGAUCUUUCCUCGGAAGUUCAAGAACAAAAUGAAUUACUUUCAAUUCAAAAUAGUAACUCUACUACUCAAGAUUUUGAAAACUGACUGACACAUGUGCAGCCAAUUCUAAAUGGUGCAAAUGAGUGUCACGUCCACAUUGGAUGUGGAAUGAAGUAAUUUUAAUAAUGUAAACAUGUUCAUGUUUUAUUAUUUAGGGAUGUGAAAUAAUAAUGAUAAUGUUGAUGUUGAUUCCUCAUGGAUGAAACAUAACGAAAAAUAACUUAAUGUUAACAGAAUUAUCGUAAUAUUCUGCUUCUAUUGCCUCAAAUUUUUAAAAUAUUAUAAUGGGAUUAUUUGUUGAGUACUGUUCUAUUAAGGGGUAAUUGUCAGAUUCAAAAAAUAAGAGUAUAAGAGUGUAAAAUAAGUGUGCAGUGUGAGAUUCUCAGUUAUCUUACAUACACAAUGGAAUUUCUGAUUAUACUUAAAGGAAAACAGAGCAUUUCAUUGGCAUAUACAAUCGAUACAAUCUUACUUUAGAAAAAACAUAAUAUGUUGAUUUAAGGAUACUAAGUCAUUAUAAAGUUUAACUGAGUUUUAUUUAGUAUAUUAACAAUUAACGCCGGCGCCUAAUUUAUAUGCACUACUACAAGCUACAAAUCUAUGGUCUAUGCGUUAUGAUUUGCAUAAAUAUUAUUGUAAGCUUAAGUUCAUGUUAUUGUGCAUGGCUGGUAGGUAUGUUACACUGGGAAUCGUUUUUUGGUUCUUGUAAUAAAUGAUUUUAAAGAAAAUCAUGUUACAAUAGUGUAAAACAUAAAUAGAACUUAAUGAAAAAUGAGAUGUUACGUAAAUGUGUAUCUCUUAUAAACAUGAAAAAAAAUACAAUAUACCGAACAUAUUUUCUUAA